ACAUAUUCAGCAUCAGUCGCAUUGAUUGAUUGACCACUCAUACCGGACGGAGAAAAUGGUUACAAGAGAUCCAUGACAACCUAAAUAAUUACGGGCGCAUUACUCGGCGUUGCCUUGCCACUGACUUCUACUCACCGUUGUCAUAUGGACAUCUAUUGGAAGGCAUAUCAGGCAUGACGUCCCAAGUAUAAUCGGGUUCUGUAUACAAUUAUAUACCAGCGUUUUCAGAGCGUGACAUCGGACUAUUUGUACUUUGAUAACAUGGCGAUGGAAACACCGAAACGGGCUCUUUUCUUCCUGCUGACAGUAUGCGCCUGCCAGAUUGUAUCAACAAGCGGCCGUAGUGUGGAGUACAAGAACCUGUUCGACUUAAAGAAAUCUCUUUUGUCUACCUACGACACCAACCUGAGGCCUGUCUUGGACCCACGUGACGCCGUGAACGUCAGCGUGGACAUCAGUAUCAACCAAGUCAUAGAAUUGAAUGCAGCCGAACAAAUCUUGUUUGUAAGCAUCUGGCUCAGGCAGUCGUGGAGAGAUGAAUUACUGACUUGGAACGCGUCCGAGUACUCGAACCAGACAAUGUUUGACGUGGCGAUAAGCAGUAUUUGGAGACCAGAUUUGACCAUCUAUAAUGACGUUAGAGAAGAAGAGAGAGAGAUCACGUCCUACCCAGCCUAUGUGUUAAGCGACGGAAUUGUGCAUUGGAACACUCCCAUUAUCUUAAAAAGCAGCUGUAUCAUGGACAUCUACCAUUUCCCAUACGACAAACAAAGGUGUCCCAUAAAAUUCGGUUCCUGGCAUUACCAUGGAUUUCAACUGAACGUCAUAAACAAGACGGCGUUUGGAGAUACGUCGUCGUUCGUGAGAAAUGGCCAAUGGGAAUUGGGCAUCGUGCCAGCGAUACGGACGGUCGAGUACUAUGCCUGCUGUGAGGAACCGUACCCGGAUGUGACGUUUCAUCUGGUCCUCUGCCGAAAACCAUUAUACUAUGUUUUUAAUCUUAUUCUUCCGUGUAUUGUCAUUCUGAUCAUGACAGGCAUAAGUUUCUAUUUGCCGGUGGAAUCUGGAGAAAAGGUAUCGUUUGGUGUGACUGCUGUGUUGGCUUUGAUGGUGUUCUUGCAGCUGGUUUCCGACUUGACACCGACGCAGUCUGAAGUUGUUCCUGUCUUGAGUAUGUACUUGGGCUGCGUUCUGCUUCUGAUAUGCGUUUCCACUCUAAGCAGUAUAAUGGUCACCAGUGUCCAUUACCGAGGAGAGCAUGGCCAAGCGUUACCUUUCUGGAUGGAAAAGUUGUUCCUGAACUGCCUGGGACGUGUAGUCUGCUUCAAGGGCGCAGCAGACGACGCCAUUGGUGACGAUGUCAAUAUCGACAGCGAUCCUUAUAAAUGGCUGACAAAGAAACUGUCAGACCCAAACCUUCGCCGUCAGUCACGUGGAAGCCAAAAUGGCGAUGCACUAAACAUCAGCAGCGAGUACAAUAACCCCGCCUUUCAGGCAGACGUCCGUAGGAACUUAAAGUCAAGAAACAACAACGAGGGCAACAAUGAAGAGAUGGUACUAGUCUUACAAAACAUUCAUCGAACGCUGCAAGGCAAAGACGCACAAGGCCGGGCAACCAAGACGGACGAACGGUCCAAGCUGCAAUGGAGAUUUACCGCUACGAUCAUUGACAGAUUUGUGUUGUACAUUUACGUUUUUGUCACUAUUGCUUUGACAGCAUGGUUCUUUUCCAUGCCUCCAGCAUGUAACCCGGCAGUGAUUGAAAACAGUCAGUAAUUCCUGCAAAGAAUAUGAGUGCUUAUGAAAGAUGUUCUAUCCAAA